AUGUCAACACCAAUGUUCUUUAGCGAGACCUUACUACCUGAGAAACCUUCUUCCCAUGAGGAAAAAGAUAAAUUUGAAGGAGGACCACCAACACGGGUUUCUUCUGCUAACAGAGUUCGAGCUCGCCGAAACAGACACCAACGCAAAAAACAACGUACAAGCAGUCCACCCGACUACGAAGAUUUCUUAGUGUUUGGUUAUGAAGCAAAAGCAUUCCGCGACGAUGAAAUGGCCAAAAAGAUCAACGAUGGUGAACUCUUGAUUCCUUGGCGUGGCGAGGAAACUACCGAGAACCGGAUUUUAUUAGAUAG